AUGUAUCUUGGAAUCCCUUACCCAGUUCCAAGGACUGGUGCGGGAAUAGAACCUCACGUCCAAAGAAGUCCUUGAGGAGCCUUCUGGGAUGAGAGGGGCUUCCCCAGCACAGGCUCAUGGAUGUUAAACGUCAUCAGAAUGGAGCCAAAGGGCAGAGAAGGAAACCACCCCAUUCCACAGUGCAGAGGCUCCUGAGCUGGGGGCUGCCAGUGUCCUGUAGCCAGUUCCUGUGGCGCCAGCCAGGCGAGUUUCCUGUCACUGCUUUCCUGCUGGGGGCAGGCGCUGGGGGGCUCCUGGCCAUAGGUCUCUUUCAGCUCCUGGUGAAUCCCAUAGACAUCUAUGAAGAGCAAAAGAUGGUGAUGUUGUACAGCUUGGUGGGCUUGGGGGCCAUAGGCUGGGGGACUUCCCCUCACAUCCGCUGUGCCAGCCUCCUGCUAGUCCCCAAGAUGCUGGGCAGAGAAGGGAGGCUCUUUGUCCUGGGAUACGCCUUGGCUGCCAUCUAUGAGGGGCCAGUGGCCAAUCUGCGGCACAACCUCAACGACAUGAUAUCAUCGCUGGGCUGCACGGUGGAACUGCAGAUCAACAACACGCGCGCGGCUUGGCGCAUCUCCACGGCCCCCUUGCGAGCCGUGUUCAAGGACCUGCUGGGCAGCAAAGAAUCACUGAAAGCAGAGACUCAGAACAUCACCACUUCCUUUGAAGACCUGGAUGGCCAGGUGAAUAGUGAGGCUGGCUACAAGCCAGAGGAUGUCAUGGACUCAGAGGAGACAGCCCAAGGCAUAAAGACCCCCCAAGCCCCAGGCUCCAGACUCCACCUCUCAACACAGAAGAUGUAUGAGCUGAAGACCAAGCUGCGCUGCUCCUAUGUGGUGAACCGGGCCAUACUCAGCUGCCGUCGUUGGUUUGACCGGAAGCAUGAACAGUGCAUGCAACACAUCUGGGUCCCACUCCUCAACCACCUGCUCUGUCUGCCCAUGAAGUUCAAGUUCUUCUGUAGCAUUUCCAAGGUGAUGGAGAUUUGGUGCCGAAGUCGCAUCCCAGUGGAAGGCAACUUUGGGCAGACCUACGACUCCCUCAACCAGUCUAUUCAUGGCCUGGGUGGGGAAUUUUCAGCCAGUAUUGACCUCAAGGAGGAGAAGCAGGCCGGGGUGCUGGGCCUCAACACGAGCUGGGAGCACGUGAGCACCGAGGUGCGGGACUACGUGGAACGCCAGGAGGCCUGGCUGGAGCAGGCCCUGGGGCUGCUGCACGUGCUGCUGUCCUGCACCUUCUUGCUGGUCCUCCACGCGUCCUUCUCCUACAUGGACAGCUAUAACCAGGACAUUCGCUUUGACAAUGUCUACAUCAGCACGUACUUCUGUCAGAUCGAUGAACGUAGGAAGCAGCUGGGCAAACGGACUCUGCUGCCGCUCCGCAAAGCCGAGGAGAAAACCGUCAUCUUCCCCUGCAAGCCCACUAUCCAGGCCUCAGAAAUGAGAAAUGUGGUGAGGGAGCUCCUGGAGACGCUGCCCGUUCUGCUGCUGCUGCUGGUGCUGUGCGGACUGGACUGGGCUCUCUACUCCAUCUUCGACACCAUCCGCCACCACUCCUUCCUGGAGUACUCCUUCCACAGCAGUCAUAAACUGGAGGUGAAGGUUGGAGGAGACUCCAUGCUUGCCCGGCUUCUUAGGAAAACCAUUGGGGCCCUGAACACUUCCUCAGAGACAGUGAUGAAAUCAAACAACAUGCCCUGCCUGCCCCAGCCUGUGGGCCUGGAUGCCAGGGCCUAUUGGAGAGCUGCACUACCUACUGGCCUGCUACUGUGUCUCUGCCUGUUACAGGCUUUCGGCUACCGGCUCCGGAGGGUCAUCGCAGCCUUCUACUUCCCCAAGCGAGAGAAGAAGCGGAUCUUGUUCUUCUACAACGAUCUAUUGAAAAAGAGAGCAGCCUUCACCAAAUUGAGGAGGGCUGCCAUCGUGAGGCAGGCACGACAGCAGAAGGCUCCACGCCACCACCUGGUGGACAUCCUGCACCGCCGCUGCCCGCUCCUGCGCCCCUGGCUGCGCCGGCGCUGCGUGGUGUGCCUGGCACCCGAGACGCCCGAGUCCUACGUGUGCCCGACGCUGGACUGCGAGGCCGUGUACUGCCUGUCGUGCUGGGACGACAUGCGGCAGCGGUGCCCGGUCUGCACGCCCCGCGAGGAGCUCUCCUCCUCCGCCUUCAGUGACAGCAAUGACGACACCACCUACGCAGAGUGAAGGGGCGUCUGGCUUGCUCUCCCGCCCCGCUCCCUCCCGUUUAAUAAAACGCUUUGUACGCU